ACCAGGUGGCAACUCUUGUGUCCAACACAAAUGUUUGGUUUUAUUUAGCGGUUUUUUUUUUUGUUGUUUAUUGUCUAAACAUUGCCUCGACAUGAAGAUUUUGUGCGAGGUUCAGGUGGUGAAUCGCGCCACCCAAGCGAACAAGACGCCGCGUCCCGUGAAAUCCACACUGGCCAUUGGCUACAAGCAGAGCGCCAGGGAUGCGAAUGGAAACACCAAGAAGGAGCUGGAAAUGGUGCUCUUUAGUGGACAAAACAAGACUGGGAAUCGCUACAAGGUCAAGGAUAACAUUCACGCCGUGCACACCAAGUUUGUGCUGGAUGGGAAGACCACCAUUGGUUUCCUACAGCCGCCAGAUAACCUGCUCAUCAAGUGCGAUCCCAUACAGCUGAAGGGAUUCCUGCAGACCCUCAAGCUGGGCAUGGAUGGCAAGGACGCCAUUAAUUUGAGACUGAACAUAAACGCCGCCACGGCAAUUCCGCAGAAGGCACAGCCCCAGGUGCGCAUGGUAAUCAGCAAGCGGAGCGAGUAUCCCAUCAAGGGAUUUCCGCGCACCCUCAAAUCGCUGACCAUCAACAACAGCCAGCUGGUGAAGCUGAGCUUCGAGAUAUGCACCCUGCGCAACCUCACCAAGCUGGAUGUCAGCGGUAACAAGCUGACCAAGAUUCCAUCGGAGCUGGGUCGCCUUCCGCUCACCUCGCUGCACCUGGGCAACAACUUACUGGGUUCUCAGCAUGACUGGUGCUGGCUGCGGGGCACUAAGCUAAGUCAGUCGCUCGGCGAGCUGGAUCUGUCGGGCAACGGGCUGAACUACUUUCCACCUCCGCUGGUCAAAUUCGAGUCGCUAGUAUCGCUGAAUCUCAACAACAAUCUGCUGAGUCGGCUGCCCUUUGCCAUUCGCCGGAUGCAAGCACUGCGUAAACUUUACGUGUGCAGCAACAAACUGGAGUCCCUGCCCUCUGCCGUCGAGGAUCUACGGAUCGACCUGCUGGAUGUGUGGGGCAAUUGCUUCAAGGAAUUCAAUGCAGAUGCCGCGCAGCAGAUGUCUCUGCAAAAGGCGGCAUCUAAUUCGCCGCAACCCUUGUGGCUUUUGACAGCCCGGGCUGUGGAUAAACAUAAGCUGCCCUUGCCCGCGGGCUCAAUGCCCGCUGUGCUCAUCGAUCUGAUUAGUGAGGCUCCCAGAUGCCCGUGCGGCGAGCUCUGCUACGCCCAGCGCAAGGAGGACCUCUUCCAGCGCGUUGUUCAGCCGAAAUUCACCUCCAUUAAGAACCUUACAUACAGUCGCGAGCAUCAGAUCUACGCAGAUGUGGUACUCUGCGGCUCUAGAUGCAGUGCAUCUGUUGACCUGAAGUUGCUCUUCAAUAUAAUCUUUUCCUGAUUGAAUUAGAUGGUGUACAUUCGUAGCUAUUACUCAAAGAUUUCUCUAAAUUAUUUCUCUCAUUGAUCCAACAUUAAAUGGCGCGGAGCACUUAUUUAAGUAUACAUAUUUUUAUAUACUUAAUCUUUAUCUGGAUUUAUAUUGCUCAGUUAUGUUUUCAUUCAGCGUACGCAUUCAUCAUUUUGUUAUACUUGUACUGCCAAUAAAUGCGAAUUAACGAUUAUA